AUGAGUAGCAUGAUCAAGAUGCCGCUCAAGCUUCGGCUAGGCAAGAAGAGCGGCCGCUACGACCUCAGUCAGGACAUCUAUGUCCUCUCCAUAUUUGUGGGAGAUGUCCUUCUAGUACAGUGUACUCUGACCUCCGAUUCCACAGCCCAACAAUGCAUGGAAUAUCUGAUGGAGAAGAUUGAUUUGACGCAGGUUAAGUUCUUUGCCCUCAGAUACCAAAUGAAAUGCAAUGAUCCGGACCGACGGAUGAUGAGAUGGGUCGAGAUGGACAAAUCCCUUAGAAAACAGUUGGAGAAAUGGGCCUGUAAGCCGAGACAAGUCCAGCUGGCCAUUCUGUUUCACACCCCCAAUGUCUUCGCUUUGAGCGACCCUACUGCCAGGUAAAUCAGUGAAACUUAUAAGCAAUUGCUUAAAGAUUAAAAUUAACCUUUUUCUCACAGAUCUCUUUAUUAUAACCUCCUCAAACUCGAUGUUAUCCAUGGUAAAUUUGUGAUGGAUGUGGACAAAUACAUAAAUCUUGCUGCCUAUUCGAUGCAAGUGGAAUAUGGCGAUUACAACGGUGAUAGUCACACGAUGGAAUUCCUCAGGUCUCUUCCUCUGUUACCUCAGGUACUUAAGUCAUCAUUUUGCGCAAUUUUUUUGCCAAAUUACGUAAUUUUACGUGUAAAGAGUACUUUUUCAGCAUUUUUUCCGUAAUUCUCAAUUGGUUGAUGAGUUCUUAGUCAGGAUAUUAACAGUGUAUGAGAGGUUGAACGGAAUGCAGCCUUCAUAUGCGGCCUUUCUUUAUAUCGUUGAUGCCCAGCAAUGCGAGGGUUACGGAGAGGAAUUCUUUACGGCCAAGGAUGACGAGAGUACGGAAGUUCAAGUGGGAUAUUCUCCUGACGGGCUGAUUGUGAAGAGAUGCCAUUCAAAUAACCUAAAAUAUAGAUGGCAAGACAUCAAAGAUAUCUGCAAUGUAAAGAGGACUCUGCAUGUAAAGUGCAAAGUUGAUGCAACCAAUGCCCAAUUCACGAUGGUAAGUCGUCCUUUCUUUAAAUUAUCUGGCUUUAGGAGGAUCAAGAAGUGGCCAGAUAUGUUGUCCAAGUCCUUACUUGGCAAUGGCAAUAUGCUUUGACUGAUGCCAUACAACACAAAGCUGUUCCCAUGAGUAUUAAUAAUCUCCAAGGGGCUAUCAGAACAUUCGGAAGUCAACCAGCGCCUCGGAUCAACACAUCGGACCUGACCCCCAGCAAUGCGCACAGUCUGGACCUUACAGUAUCCCAGACCUCUUCUUAUUGCCCAUCCCAACCAUCAUCUUCAAGUUCCAUCAAUCGAUUUACCCCCUUUAUCAGUCGAAAUCAGACCUCGGGACUUCAUCCUGUUCAAUCAUUCCAACAUCAUGUCAAUUCAGGUGUUAUGAAUGUGAAUAGAAAUAGAGCCGCCACCUCAGCUUCCACCCAGCAUCUUCCAACGCUGGUAUCGACCCCAUCUCUUACACAUCAGAGCUCUCUGUUUGUGACUCAAGGGCAAUAUAACAAGCAAUCGAAUGUGUAUCGGCCAUCCAGUUCGAGGGCGGAUAAAGAGAAUCUGAAUACUCCGCAAUUUGACUCCCGAUUAGCUGAAAGGCAUAUUCUGAAAGAGAUGGUGAAUCAACAACAAAUCCAACAAAAGGUAGGGAGGGUACUGAAUAAUCAUCCUGGCUUUAGACUAUGGGAUCUAGUCCGGAAAUCCACACCAUGGGGACAAAUAAUCUCAGGAACUACGGUAAUUCCCAUUUAAUGAGAAGGGCACAGUCCAACGCCCGAGGGUUUCAGACCAAUAAUCAGAGAUCGAACAAUUUUUCGGAUGAAAAAGUAAGAAAUAAAGCGUUUUUCUGAUUUUAUAUUUAUAGUUCACUGCUCCAGGGCAUACGUUAAGUACCCCGGAUCUGGCCUUGAAGUGGAUGUCGAGCCCAGAUCUUAUCUCGAGUGCAGUUGCCAACCAAUUGGCAGCCAUCAGACAACAACAAAAUGGAUCUCGGGCCCCAGUCAUGAACGUGGUGUCCGAGCCUCCCCAUGCCUCUUCAACAUCCAGUGGAUCUUCUUCCGGGCGCAGAAUUAGAGGUCCUCCAGGCACUCCCCGUUUCUCCCAAGGCCAUGUUAUCUCCGGAACACGUCCUCCCGGCCAACCCAUUACCUAUCCCAUCCCGGUUUUAGAUCAGUCUGGUACUGCUUUGGAACCUCCAACUUACACUCAGGCCGUCUGUCAGAAACCAGUCCACUCUCCUCACAUGUUCUACAACCCGAGUAGUUUGCCUCAAAGUUCUAUUGCGUCUUCGUCCUCGGCUGAUUCAUACGUCCGACAGUUGAAUGGAGAAGAAAGUGAGGGCUCGGAGCCCGAAGCGAGUGUCAACAUGGUAAGUGACGAAGCGCGAUCAUGAGCAGUUCCCCGCACUAAUCCGGGCUUGCUUGUAUUGUACUUGCAGAGAGAGAGAUUUACAUAGAAUUAUGAAAAACGCCGGAGGGGAAAGGUCUAUUUUAUUCCUUUCAAGUACUCAUUAUAUCAUAGAGAGAUCAAUCUCAUGUUGUUUCGAUGAUAUUGCUGAACACCUUCAAAUUUAGAUGGACACUUUUAUGAGAUUUUCUAGUUGAUGUCUUCUUUAUUUUUUCUCAACUUCUGAAAUUCCAAAGUUUUGAUAAUACAUAGACGUGAUAGAUAUGACAUGAUACUUCCUUCCCCUUCUAUUGUGUUCCCUGAAUGCCGCUCUCCCGAUUGAUUCGUGUCACCAUUCCUUUGAUUCCGUCGCUCCGAUUGUGACGCCCAGUGUGAUAUAUAUAAUAAAUAUAAUUUCAUGUCUUUUGAAGUGGCAUUGACAACUGUUUUAAUUUCAGGAUCGGAGCUUCAGAAGUCCCUCUCCGCCGUCCUCUGAAUCCAAAAUGAGACACGUUCUUCUGAAUGGAGUGGCCAGGACUGGAUCUUUGGCCACUCAAAACAUACAUUUAGUUGAUAGCUCUAAUGAUGACACGGUAAGUUCGAGGACAAUAACUAAGACCGUUUCAGCUCCGAUCUCUCCGCGAUAAAUUGGAAACCCCUCAGGGCAUAGAUGCAGAGUUUGCGGCGAUUCCUUGGAAAAGAUUAAGUGCAGGAGUUUCAACCAGUCAACAUCCAGAAAACCAACCGAGAAACCGACCAGGAAAUGUGUUCCCAUAUGAAGAUACAAGGGUGAUGUUAACACCCACAAAACACAACACUGAUGGCUAUAUCAACGCCUCUAAUGUUCAUCUUCCCAUCGGCGAUUACACAGCCAGAUACAUUGUUUGCCAGGCUCCUAUGAAAUCAACCACCAAUGAUUUCUGGCAGAUGAUCUGGGAGUCUGGAGCCAGACUCAUCGUAAUGUUGGUGAAUCCGAAUCAAGUGGCCAAGACUGACUCGAUCCCUCCGUAUUGGCCCACGAAGGCUAAGGAGAAGAUGGCUUUGAAUGAUUAUUUUGUGAAGAUGGUCAGUUCCACCACCACUACAUUCCAAACAACCUCAGUGUUCUCGUUGAAAUGUAUGAGGACAGGUGAGCGGCGGACCAUCUAUCAUCUUUAUUGUGCCGACUUUGCUGUAGAUGGGGUUCCGUCUUCAGAAUCCUCAUUCCUCGCUUUCAUCGAUGCCGUAAGCAGUCUGAAACGGCAGAUUGAGAACGAAAGAGCGGCCGAAACAGACUCUGGAGUCUUCUCUAUACUUCAAGGGAAACAAGGGGACAGGAGGUCGAGUAGGGUAAGACAUACGCAAAGUUAUAUAGCUUUAACAAUAAGAUAAAUCUAAAUUAUUCUAGGUACCUUUCCAAAAAUAAACUUCAUUGUUUCAGACAAACCUCACUGAUGUCACGAACAGAAAACGAUCCCAGUCGGCAGAUGGCGGAGGCUGGCGACGGAAACUGCGGCUAGCCACCUUGUCCACCCACACUCCGCCCACCUCGAAACGGGCUUCCCACAACUCUUCCCAGAUAUCGGAUAAUUCGGUGGUUUCUGAAGUCUCCCAACCGCCAGAACAGAAUCUCGAGCCUCCCACUGUGGUCCACUGUACAGAUGGAGCUUCGGAAUCGGGUGUUUAUUUGCUUGUCGAGAGCUUAAUCCAAUGUACCGAGCAUAAUUUGGUAUGUAUGGGAAGAGCUAUAUAAAAUUGUUUCUCUUUGUUUAGACUGUUGACGUUCCUAAUACGUUAAAGGCUCUUCGACAACAACGAAUGUAUUUGGUGAAGAAUGUGAACCAAUAUCGAUUUGCAUAUUCCAUUUUGACCAAUUAUUUGGAGCAAUCUCGGCUGAUUUAG